CUCAGCCAGAGCUCCAUGGAGCAGCCUCACAACCGCACACCGGUAAUCCCAGUUCGGACAUCGCAGCUGCUGUCGAGGACGCAGGAGCGCUGCUGCUGCCGCCGCCCUUAGGACUGUUACCGUCACCAUUACCGGUACCCUUACCGGCUGCCACGCCGCCGCGGUCAGCAGCCCCGCCGCCGGCAUCCCGUCGGCGUCAGCUGCCAUCACAUCCGCCGGCUCAAGCCCGUGUUGGAUCAUUGCCAUCAGCAGGUAAUGGUGAGGAGGGACCCGCGGGUAUGACGACGAUGUCCGCUCCGUCAGUGGCGGCAGCGGCGGAUGACAACACUGCUACUGCUACUGCUACUGCUACCCACACAACACCUCCAAGGACCGAACCAGCGGUUGCAGUGGCAACAGCAGCAGCAGCAGCAGUAGCGUCAGCUAGGAAGUCUCCGCUGCCGACAUCGCAGCAGCCCCCGCCUCCUCCUGGCGCGCCCGCAGCCCCGCAGGACAGAACCUCACCAUCAUCACCGCCUGCACCCGCACCGCUGCCGCCGCCGCCUGCCACCACGUCGCCGCCGGAUGCUGUAGCUAAUGCUGACACUGUAACGGCCGCAACCGUUACCACAAGCCCUAUGCAUGCCGGACAUCGGACAACGCCAGCGCCAACACCAGCCCCGACAACGGAUGCAGCUACAGAUGAAGCUACGACGCCGCCCAGUUGCCCUCCGGUGGCUGUUGUCCCCGCAGCCGCACGCAGCCUUGGCAGUGGCGAUGGCGGUGGGGGCAGGGGUGGCAGGAGCAGCAGCAGCAGCCGCGGCAUGUUCUCCGGCUGUCGGCUGGUGUUUUGGACUCGAGAGCUGCUGCCCUGGGAGGUUCGUUCUCGGGUAAAGCAGGCGGGCGGGGUGGAACAGUACAGCUUGGAUCCAACCACCACUCACGUGAUAGCCAGGUACGAUACCCCGGCGGCAGAGAUCUCCCGUCGCUUGUACGAAUCAGAUCUGCAGUACGCCAGAAAGUACAUCAGCGCCUCCCCUGCUGACACCACCUCCGUUGCCCCGCCUCCGCACGGACUUCCGCCUGGCGUCUGUUUCGUGACGCCGCAAUACCUCCGAGACUGUCUGAGCAAGGGGCAGUUGCUGGACCCCGCUCCCUACCUCAUAGCGGAGGCUGCCGCUGCACCCUUGCUACUGCAGCUACAGCAGCAGCAGCAACAACAACAACUGCCCCAGCAGCCGCUGCCACAACAACAACAGGAGCAGCCCCCGCAGCUGGGCAAUCUGGGUAGCACCUUGCUGCCGCUGCCGCAGGAGCAGCAGCAGCAACAGCAGCAGCAACAGCAGGGGCAGCAGCAGCCAGCACGCUCACCCCCACAUGCUACCAAGGCCCUGGCGGAAGGGGUUGCUGCCGCUGCCGAGGGAUCGCCCGCGGUGGGGUUCGUGUCAACAGCACCAUCCGCCACUCAUCCGCCCACCUCCUGUUCGCCCCUCCGCGGUGCCGGUGGUGGUCGCAUCCUGCCCCAACCCUCCGAGGUGUGCCAGCGAGCCGAGGACUGGGGCCGCGAUGGCAGGUGGAUCGAGACCUGGGACGAGGCCGCCGCUCGGCGCACCUGCCACCUGCUGCUGUCGCACUGGGCCAAGCACUCCUUCCAGGCGGAUCCCGAGGCCCCCGAGACCGUCACCGGGGACAGCGAUGAUGCGACAGACUGGCAAGAUACUGGCAGCGGCAGCGGCGGCGGCAGGACCAGCGGCAGCGGUAGCGGGAGGGGCAGCAGCGGCAGUGAUGGUGGCAGUGACGGCAGUGGCGGAGGCGGACGCGGCGGUGGCAGGGGCCGCCUCUCCGGCCGCGGCCGCCGUGGCGGCUGGUCGUACCGUCGUGCCAUCGCUGCCGCUGACGUCACCGCGCCGGAGCCUGAUGAGGGCGAGGGUGCGGUUGCUGGCAGGGUUAAUGACGCGGCUAACCGGCAGCGCCGCCGGGGAAAGCGUACUUGCGGCGGCGACGAAGGAGGCACCCGUGGUGGCGAGGGAGGCACCCGUGGUGGCGAAGGAGACAACGAGGGCGAACACCGCAGCGGCAGCCGCAGUGAGGGUUCUGAGGCUGCCGACGCCGACGACCCACGGGUCACCAUCAACCAUGUGUGCCACCACAUGUGCUGCAGCGCUCGGCCGUUUUGCAUCCUGGCGGAGCUUCAACGGACCCGGGAUCUCUACCUGGGCGGGAGAGAGGACCAGUUCCGCAUCAAGGCAGCCGACCGGGCCAUGGGGGUGUUGGCCCGGAUGGACCGGCCGCUGGACUCCCCGCAGCAGCUGAGGGGGCUGCACCUGGGGAGGGGCUCGGAGGAAAAGGUAGCUGAGAUCCUGGCCACGGGGCGCUUCAGCCGCAAUGAUACCCUGCAGCAAGACAGCCGGAGGACCACCCUCAAGCUGUUCAUGCAGGUGUGGGGUUGCGCGGAGACCACCGCGCGCCGCUGGUGGGCGGCCGGGUGUCGCAGUCUGGAGGACGUGCGGGGACGACCCGACCUCAGUGCGCAACAGCGGCUGGGGCUGCGGCACUUCCAGGAUUUCCAGCGCCGGCUGAGUCGCGAGGAGGUG